AUCCAAAUAUUCGUGAAAAUGUAGAAAGGGAGGCUUUAGAUAAACAGAAAGGGUCCCGAGUACAGGGUGAACAAGGUGGACAGGAAGACUAUGCAUCUGAACAAACAAUUGAGGCAACUACAAAAUAUUUUGAACCACAGAUGAUGAGAUCAAACCGUUCUGAACCUCAAAGUACAAUAUAUGAAAGAUUUAAAAAAACUGAAGAAGAGGCUAAAAAUUGGCAAAAGAUGAUGGACAAAAUAUUCAAGGUAAUGGGUGUAACUGAAGAAGAGAAAGUUAUUUUAGGUACUUUUAUGCUAGUUCAGGAAGCUCAAUAUUGGUGA